AUAAGAAAUAUAUUCAUUUAUUUGAAAAUUAAACCGAAUCUGAUUAUUCGAAUUUAGAAUUUUAGGAUAUCGAAUAUCGUUUGACAAUCAUUUAUCAUUGCAAUUUACAUAUUAUCACGAAUGAAAAUUUGUUGAUUGUUCAUAUAUUGUUCCAGCAUUCGAUAACUUCUGCCCUCCGUAAUACACUAGCUCACACCAACUUUCCUAUAUUGUUAUAGUUGUACACGUUGUGUGCCCAUAUAACACUAUUGACGUGAUCCACGACUGUUUUAGUGAAUUUUAAUAUUUACUAGCUGAGAGUGCAAACGUUUCAAAAUGGCAACUCCAAACAACAAUAAUGCAUCUGAUGAAGAAAAAAUUGAUCCAAUGAAAGAUGUACGCUCUGGAAUAGUACGUGAAGUGGGUAGUCAAGCAAUAUGGAGUCUAUCAUCAUGCAAACCAGGUUUUGGUGUGGACCAGUUAAGAGAUGAUUGUAUGGAAACUUACUGGCAGUCAGAUGGUCAACUUCCACAUUUAGUUAAUAUUCAAUUUAGACGUAAGACAGUUGUGCGUGAUAUAUGCAUAUACAUUGACUAUAGACUUGAUGAAAGCUAUACACCUGGUCGUAUAUCAGUACGUGCUGGCACUAAUUUUAAUGACUUACAAGAAGUUGAAGUAGUUGAACUGAACGAACCUUAUGGCUGGGUAAGAAUAAUGACUAAAGAUAUCAAUGAUUUACCAUUGAAAACAUACAUGUUACAAAUCGCUGUUAUUACCAAUCAUCAAAAUGGAAGAGAUACACAUAUGAGACAAAUUAAAGUGCACUCACCUGUUGAAAAAAGAGAUCUUCUCAUUGGUAAUUUUAGCACUGUAGAAAUGAGACAAUAUACAAUCAUAAAAUAAAUUAUUUUGUUUUAUUAUUUGUUAGCUAACACUAUACUAUAAUAUACUAUAGAAAGAUUAGAUUAAAAUUACAAUAAACAUA